AUGAACAUUCUCGGACAAUCAUCUCAGCAAUCCAACAACGUCUGCUACUCUUGCUCCUCCCCGGAAACAAGCUCCUCAAACGCUCCCAACGCCGUUCACUCCGAUGAGGAACUGCAUGCAUUAGCGUCGGCGCGCCCCAAGAAACGUGCGGGGCGUCGAAUCUUUAAGGAGACACGCCACCCCGUCUACCGAGGAGUGCGACGGAGGAACAACAACAAGUGGGUCUGCGAGGUGCGGGUCCCCAAUGACAAGUCCAGAAGGAUUUGGCUCGGAACGUACCCAACCCCUGAGAUGGCCGCACGUGCGCACGACGUUGCCGCGCUCGCGCUCCGAGGCAAGUCCGCUUGUAUCAACUUCGCCGACUCGGCUUGGCGGCUUCCCUUGCCGGCGUCGACCAAUGCGAAAGAGAUACGGCGAGUGGCGGCUGCGGCUGCUAUGGCGAUUGCGACGGAAGACAGUUGCUUCAAGCAAUCAGAGAACGAGAUUAAUGUGAAUGCCGUGGCUGAUUGCGAGGUUAGCAGCAGUGACGUCAGCGUUGAUGAAGAUGCCAAAGCCUUGCGGGGGUUUUGUAAUUUGGAUGAAAUAACAAUGCCGGAUGCAUCAGGUUUUGAAGACAUGCAUGAGUGGCUUCAGAGUAUGGUGGAUGAACCUCUGCGAUCGCCUACUUUUGUAACAUAUGUUAGGGACUGGAACUUUGUGGAGGAUGAUGCUGAGGUUUCUUUGUGGAGCUUCUCCAUCUGA